UUUGCCGAGCGCUUUCUCGCCGGCUGGUCCUGGACUCGCGCGGCGCCGCGAGCCGCCUCCUCCUUCUGCCGCCGCCCUGUUCGCUCGGGAUUCCUUCUCUGCGGAGGACAGACGCUCUGCCGGCGGGAAGCUGAGGUGGGCCAGGGGGAGUGCCGAGGAGAAGCGGCGGGGACCGUUCCAGUGACAGCUUCGCUUCGGACGCCGGGCGCGUGGGGCCCCGGCCGCCGAGAAUCUCUCCCACCUUCCCUCCGGCCUCCGGGCGGACGAUGUGGACGCCGAGAGGAAGGAGGGCGUCCCGGAGAGCCUAGGGUCUGUUUCUGCCCACUUGGGAAAGGAAGCAUGGAGUUGUGAGCGCCCCUUGCUCGGCGAGGCCGCGACCGGCAGGCUCCCCAUGGCCGGGACGUAUAGCUCCACUCUGAAGACGUUGGAGGACUUGACCUUGGACUCCGGGUAUGGGGCCGGGGACUCGUGCCGCUCACUCAGCCUCUCGUCCUCCAAGUCCAACUCGCAGGCGCUCAACUCUUCGGCGCAGCAGCACCGCGGGGCGGCCUGGUGGUGCUACUCCGGCUCCAUGAACAGCCGCCACAACAGCUGGGACACGGUGAACACGGUGCUGCCCGAGGACCCCGAAGUGGCGGACCUCUUCUCGCGCUGCCCGCGCCUCCCCGAGCUGGAGGAGUUUCCCUGGACGGAGGGAGACGUGGCCCGGGUGCUUCGCAAAGGCGCCGGCGGCCGGCGGCUGCCCCUGUUCUCGGCCGAGGCGGUGCGGCGCCUGGCUGGGCUGCUCCGCAGGGCGCUCAUCCGAGUGGCCCGCGAGGCGCAGCGCCUGAGCGUGCUGCACGCCAAGUGCACCCGCUUCGAGGUGCAGAGCGCCGUGCGCCUGGUGCACAGCUGGGCGCUGGCCGAGAGCUGCGCGCUGGCUGCGGUCAAGGCGCUGUCACUGUAUAGUAUGAGCGCCGGGGACGGGCUGCGCCGGGGCAAGUCCGCGCGCUGUGGCCUCACCUUCUCCGUGGGCCGCUUCUUCCGCUGGAUGGUGGACACCCGCAUCUCCGUGCGCAUCCACGAGUACGCGGCCAUCUCGCUCACGGCCUGCAUGGAGAACCUGGUAGAGGAGAUUCGGGCCAGGGUGCUGGCCAGCCAGAGUCCCGACGGUGGAGGGGCUGGGGGCGGGGAGGUGUCCGCCGAGGCCCUGGAGAUGGUCAUCAACAACGACGCCGAGCUCUGGGGCGUCCUGCAGCCCUAUGAACAUCUCAUCUGUGGCAAGAACGCCAAUGGCGUCCUCUCUCUCCCUGCGUACUUCAGUCCUUACAAUGGCGGGUCCCUGGGCCACGAUGAGCGAGCUGAUGCAUACGCCCAGCUGGAGCUCCGGACCCUGGAGCAGUCCCUCCUGGCCACCUGCGUGGGAAGCAUCUCCGAGCUGAGUGACCUGGUCUCCCGCGCCAUGCAUCACAUGCAGGGGCGCCACCCGCUCUGUCCUGGCUCCAGCCCCGCCCGCCAGGCCCGUCAGCCACCCCAGCCCGUCACCUGGUCCCCCGACGCCCUCCACACGCUCUACUACUUCCUGCGGUGUCCACAGAUGGAGUCCAUGGAGAACCCCAACCUGGACCCCCCGAGGAUGGCUCUGAACAAUGAGCGGCCCUUCAUGCUGCUGCCGCCACUGAUGGAGUGGAUGCGCGUGGCCAUCACCUACGCGGAGCACCGCCGCAGCCUCACCGUGGACAGCGGCGACAUCCGGCAGGCCGCCCGGCUGCUGCUGCCCGGCCUGGACUGUGAGCCCCGGCAGCUCAAACCCGAGUGCUGUUUCAGCUCCUUCCGGAGGCUGGAUGCCCGAGCGGCUACCGAAAAAUUCAACCAGGACCUGGGUUUCCGCAUGCUCAACUGCGGAAGGACAGACCUCAUCAACCAGGCGAUCGAGGCCCUGGGCCCGGACGGGGUGAACACUAUGGACGACCAGGGUCUGACGCCGCUGAUGUAUGCCUGCGCUGCUGGGGAUGAAGCGAUGGUCCAGAUGUUGAUUGACGCGGGAGCGAACUUGGACAUCCAGGUUCCAAGCAACUCUCCCAGGCACCCCUCCAUCCACCCUGACAGCCGGCACUGGACAUCGCUGACGUUUGCUGUGCUGCACGGACACAUCUCUGUAGUCCAGUUGCUACUGGAUGCCGGUGCCCACGUGGAGGGCUCAGCAGUGACUGGCGGUGAGGACAGCUACACGGAGACACCGCUGCAGCUAGCCUCUGCAGCUGGGAACUACGAGCUGGUCAGCUUGUUGCUGAGCCGAGGCGCUGAUCCCCUACUCAGCAUGCUGGAAGCCAAUGGCAUGGCCUCCUCCCUCCAUGAGGAUAUGAACUGCUUCAGCCACUCAGCCGCCCAUGGCCACAGGAACGUCCUGAGGAAGCUCCUGACCCAGCCUCAGCAGGCCAAAGCGGACGUGCUGUCCCUGGAGGAGAUCCUGGCCGAAGGUGUGGAGGAGAGUGACGCGUCCAGCCAGGGCAGCGGCAGUGAGGGGCCCGUGCGGCUGAGCCGGACCCGCACGAAGGCCCUGCAGGAGGCCAUGUACUACAGUGCUGAGCACGGCUACGUGGACAUCACCAUGGAGCUGAGGGCGCUGGGCGUCCCCUGGAAGCUGCACGUCUGGAUCGAGUCCCUGAGGACCUCCUUCUCCCAGUCGCGGUACUCGGUGGUGCAGAGCCUCCUGCGGGACUUCAGCUCCAUCAAGGAGGAGGAAUACAACGAGGAGCUGGUGACCGAGGGCUUACAGCUCAUGUUCGACAUCCUCAAGACCAGCAAAAACGACUCCGUCACCCAGCAGCUGGCUGCCAUCUUCACGCACUGCUAUGGCAGCAGCCCGGUCCCCAGCAUUCCAGAGAUCCGGAAGACCCUGCCCGCCAGGCUAGAUCCUCACUUUCUGAACAACAAGGAGAUGUCAGAUGUGACCUUCCUAGUGGAAGGAAAGCUGUUUUAUGCGCAUAAAGUCCUGCUGGUGACGGCUUCUAACAGGUUCAAGACGCUGAUGACCAAUAAAUCAGAACAGGAUGGCAACGGCAGCAAAACCAUUGAGAUCAGCGACAUGAAGUACCACAUUUUUCAGAUGAUGAUGCAGUAUUUGUACUACGGAGGAACAGAAGCCAUGGACAUCCCGGCCUCCGACAUCCUGGAGCUGCUGUCAGCCGCCAGCUUGUUCCAGCUGGAUGCCCUACAGAGGCACUGCGAGAUCCUGUGCUCCCAGACCCUCAGCGUGGAGAGCGCCGUGAACACGUACAAGUACGCCAAGAUCCACAAUGCCCCUGAACUGGCCCUGUUCUGUGAAGGCUUCUUCCUCAAGCACAUGAAGGCCCUGCUUGAGCAGGACUCCUUCCGGCAGCUCAUCUACGGCCGCAACAGCAAAGUGCAGGGCCUGGACCCGCUGCAGGACCUGCAGAGUACCCUGGCCGAGCGCGUGCACUCCGUCUACAUCACCUCCCGGGUGUGAGGGGGCUGGGCGCACACAGGUCGGCACACCCAGCCCCCUCUGGGCCAGGGCUCUGUCUCUAGGCAUCCCAGCGGGUGUGAAAGGCUGGGAGCAAGUGCUUCCGGGCCAUCUGAACGAGUAUGUAGCCAGGGUCUCUGGAUGGGUCGUUGCCCCAUGGAGGGGGCCAGGGCGCUGGCUGAGGCCCUCCUGGGGCCAGGCUCAUGGGACUCAGUUUCCCCCUCUUUCCCCAGACCUCCCCUCUGGUGGUGAUCUGUCCUUACACAGGUAGAUGUGCUCUGAGCCCUCCUGUCACUGGGCAGCCCCACCUUCAACCCUCUGCCCCGAGCUGUGUCUGCUUGACUAGCUAUGGGCAGACAAGGUCAAAAGGUGGCCCUUCCCCCACCUGCAACCCCCAUACCGUUUGCACCUUGAGGGCUGCCGUGUACUCACCCUCUUGUGCUCCCCUCCUGGAGAUCUAUGGCUGAUCCUGAUUCUUCCCGCUUGAAAUAGGGCCUGGAAGGCACGGUCAGAAGCUAACUACCUGCAGUCCCCACGCCUCCAUAAGCUUGGACAGUCCUAGCUGGGGUUCCUGGAGGUACAGGCAUCCUGAUGAAUGUAGUGAAUGUAUACUCUGGGCCUCAGGCCACUUCAUGCAGAAGCUGGUAUUUUUUUCUCAACAUCACGUCAGAAAGGCUGUCCAAAUCCCUGAACUUAUUCCUCAAGGCUGUGCCUUCAAAGGCUUGAUGUGAGCCUCCAGGGGGCCUGAAGAUCCCCGCACAGAGGGUCACUCAGUCCUAUCCUCUUUGGUGUCUAGGCCGACAGAGGCCCUCCUUUGGGGACCACAAACCUGCUCGAUUAGUGGUAGAGCAGUUCCCCAACUGAUGCCUUCAGAGCUUUCAGUCUAAGCACAGGGUGGCAUGGAGGAGUCCGGGGGCCUCAGCCCAUGCUGCUGCUGUUUUUAGGGGCCCAUUCUGAAACCCCAAGCCUAGAUUUAGGCUGCCUCUGUGGGCUCAGGAAGCAGACCCCUAACUGUACCCCUGGCUGAGUCCUCCGACUUGGGCUGGAGAGGGGCACCUCUCACUGGGAACUGCGGUCCUGGGGGUAGAAAGGGUGGGGAAGUGGUGGGAGGGAAGGGGCAGGAGAAGGCCUGCUGCUUCUCACCUACCUGCUCCGGGCCUGCUGUAGGCCCCGGGCUUCCCUAGGUGGAGGGGCAGCAUCGGGCUGGACACUUGUCAUAUUUAUGGACCAGACACUGGGGGAGCAUUCCGGACAGCUUGCUCCGGGUGUAGCCUUCUUCAGGCUGUCUGGCUGCACCUUAGAAACUAUUUAUUCACCAAAAGACCUGGGCACUUAAGGAGGUGUUACUUUGGUUACCUUGAAAAGCCCCUGGGGGCUUGCAAUCUUGGAAAAUAUUUUCGACUAGCUGCUUGAGCUGGAUGUACAAAGGAAUAGGCGUUAUUUUAUUGCUGUAAUAUUGUAUGAUACUGUAACUAUACAUUAAUGUUGUCACUUAUUGUAAAUGUACCAUGGUUUUAUUAACAAUAAACACUUGUUAACAAUGA